AUGAUUGCGUGUAGCGUAGCACCUGCAUUUUUUCAGCCAGUCCCCAAGGCUUAUUACUCCUUUGAUGUAUUACCGCCACUCUCGGGAUGCUACUAA